AUGGGCAUCUUUCGUUGGCCGGAUUGGUCCGUCGUCGCGACUGGAGCCGAGGACGUCCACGGCAAAGACGCCCUGCUCGACAACGAUGACAUCCGUCCUCUAAAACUCAGCGACCGAACAUGGACGCAUUGGACAUAUUUCACCUUCUGGUUCUCAGCCACCGCAACCGUUUCCAACUGGUAUGCAUCGUCCACCGCACAGGCAUUGGGCCUAAGCAUGUGGGAAUCAUUAGCCUGCCAAUUUGGCGGACAAGCACUUAUUUCCAUCAUCAUCACGUUGAACGGCCGACCAGGUGCAACGUAUCACAUUGGAUUCCCCGUUGUGUGCCGUGUUGCAUUCGGCGUCUACGGAGCCUGGUGGCCUACCUUUAACCGCGCCGUCAUGGCCAUCGUCUGGAACGGCGUAAAUGCAGUUCAGGGCGGCCAGUGUAUUUACGUGAUGCUGCAUGCCAUCUUCCCCAGCAUCGCCAAUGUUCCAAACACAAUGGGAGAGGGUUCUGCUCUCACCAGUGCAGGCAUGAUUGGCUUUGUUAUUUUCUGGCUCAUCACCUGCGCAUUUCUGGUCAUCCCAGUCCCCAAGAUGCGCGGUCUGGUCUAUGCUAAGUUGGUCGUCUUCAUCAUCUCGGCCGUCGCGAUGCUUGCGUGGACGGCGACCAAAGCCGGUGGCUUGGGGCCCGUUGUUCGCCAGCGCGGAACAGCGACUGGUUCUACGAGAGCUUGGUUGAUCGUCCAGUUUCUGAUGCUUGGAGCAGCCAACUGUGCGACUUUUGCAAGCAACGCUGCUGACUUCCAGCGCUAUGCGAAGCGGAAGAACGAUGUACUUGUUGGAAACUUAUUCGGUUUCCCUGUUUCCAACCUCAUCGUCGCCAUUGUCGGCAAUCUUGUGUGUGCGUCGAGCCAAGUCAUCUUCGGAGAGCUGAUUUGGAACCCGGUGACACUGCUGGACAUGAUCCAGACGACCGAGUACACCUCGGCUAAUCGAGCUGGGUGCUUCUUUAUUGCAGCGUGCUUUGCGUACUGCUGCAUCUUCAGCUCCAUCUUCGAAAACUCUCUGCCAGCUGGUAAUGAUAUUGCAGCGCUGUUCCCCAAGUACCUCACGGUGCGAAGAGGUUUCUUCGUGUGUGCAGUGGUUUCCUUUGCCAUCAACCCGUGGUAUCUCUUGGGCUCCGCAUCCAUCUUUGUCUCAUUCCUAGCUUCAUACCAGAUCUUCCUAUCCGCCAUCACCGGUGUUCUUCUCGUCAACUACUAUCUCAUCAGUCGGGGAAGAAUUGAAAUCCCCGACUGUUACACGUCCGCAAACACGGGAGCCUACUACUUCACUCACGGGUGGAACAUUCGGGCCUACGUUGCUUAUAUCAUCGGUAUCAUUCCCAACUUUUACGGGUUCCUUAACAACAUGGGCGUUUCAGCGCCCUUGGGCGUGACGCGAUUCUAUUUCUUCGCGUACUGGGUUGGUCUUACAUUGUCAGGACUAUCAUUCUGGGUUGGAUGCAAGCUCUGGCCACCGGCUAUCAUGGAAGAUGGAUGGAAGGAGCCGAGGGACUAUGUACGUCCGGAGGAAGAAGACUACAGUGAAGUGAUAGAGGCGGUAAACAUGACAGAUGCACCGGGCGGGACGAACAAGGCAGUGAGUGAGAAGGCUUGA